AUGGGGGUAACAAAGGUCGCCAUUGGAGACGCAAUUUUGACAUCAGUAUGGGUUUUUGGUCUCUUGGUUUUGAGGAUUCUUGCAAUUAAGAUAACUGCUUUCGUUGGUCUUCAAUUUGUAUCAAUUGUAAACCUUUUCAUUACCCCCAUCCUAAACACUUGUUUUGUCCUUACCAUAAGGUUGAUUGGUAGGGCCUUGGGCGGUGCUAGCUUCAAUCCCUCAGUCACCGUUUCCUUCUAUGCUGCAGGGCUUAGACCCAAUUCAUCUCUUACAUCCAUGGCUAUUAGAUUUCCUGCUCAAGCAAUUGGGGGAGUUAUUGGUGCUAGGCUUCUCCUACUAGUGAUACCAACCCAAUACAAUCACAUGUUGAAAGGGCCUUUGUUGAAGGUUGAUUUGCAUACAGGAGCCAUGGUAGAAGGGGUGUUAACUUUUAUUCAUAACUUAAUUAACCUUUCUAUAAUGCUCAAGGGUCCUAAAAACCCAUUUUUGAAAGUGUAUCUAUUUUCUGUGGCAACAGUGAUUUUGGUUGUGCUAGGUUCAGGGUUCACAGGGCCUUCAUUGAAUCCGGCCAAUGCAUUUGGAUGGGCUUAUGCGAACAAUAAGCACAAUACUUGGGAACAAUUUUAUGUGUAUUGGAUAUGUCCUUUCGUAGGGGCUACCUUAGCUGCUUUGGUCUAUCGAUUUUUGUUUAUCUCAUCAACCAAGCAAAAGAAAGCUUGA